CUCGAGUCUGAGUGUGAGUGACACGGUGCGGUGACAGGACAGUUAGUAGGCCUGGCCUAGUAAUACUAAUACUAACUCAUACCAAGCUAAUACUAAACUAAUAUUAGGAAGAGAAAAAGUUUGGAAAUAAAAUGCCUGCUAUAGUAAUUGACAAGCCUCCUCAAAGGAGUGAAGCUAUGUGGCAAGCCUUAAAAGCGCAUAUUAUCAAGCAAAGACAGAAAAAAAAACAGGAACAAGAGGCUGAUGCUGAAGUGGAACGACAACGUAAAGAGAGAGAAAGGCAGCAGAAACAGGAUAAGAUGACACUGGGAGAAACAAGGGAACAAAUCUCUCAGCUUGAACAGCGACUCCAACAGCUUAAAGAUGAAAAACACCAGUUGUUUUUGCAGCUAAAAAAAGUAUUAAAUGAAGAUGAUAACCGACGUAGACAACUUGUUAAAGAGUCGUCCAAUAGUGACAUGAUAGAAAUGUAUGGGUAUCCUGGUGUUACCUUGGGAAAUCCUCAGUUGUUUCUUCAACAAAACAUGCAGCUUGCCAAUCGUAACCCGCUGUACAAAGUGCCACCUUCACACACACUACUGCCAGCUGGUACUUUGAAGAGGAGGAGGAGUCCAUCCCCAGCCAACUACCCUCAGUAUGGCACAUACAAGCCAGCCACUAGCCAAGCAACUUACCAGAAAAUGGAUGAGAAUCGUAGAGGUCAUGAGUAUGUUCGUGCAGUAUUAUGGAACAAACCAUAUGGAUUAACAGAGAAUAGCCAGUAUGGGCCUUUCUACACAACAUCCACUACGAUCAGCUACUCAGCAGCACCCACUCAGCCCCAGCCAGUGUAUACAACCUAUGGGAAUCCAGCAUUCCAAACAUCAUCCAACCCUUCAUCAGCUCAGCCUGUAGAACCUCCUGCCCAGCCUCCCAAGCACCACUACAUGGCUCAGCAAAGGCCACACAACCCAUCUUACUUGCAUGUCACUAUUGAUGCCAAGUCUCCUUUCCCGGAAGACAACUUCUACUCCAGUGCACAGAUCCGACCCGCUACUCAUGUACCCCUACAUGGAGGGGCUAUUCCGAUACAGCAGCCUCCACAAGGAGCAAAGACUGGAGGUAUAACAUCAGGCUAUCCGAUCAGACCACCAGCAUCAGCCCCUACUGCUACCACCCCUCAUAGUGUGUACGUGAGUCAGACCUCCAGUGGCAGUCGUCUUGUUUACAGCCAACCAGUCACCUCUCAGCCCAGCAUCAGGUACUCUGUGCCGCCAAUGCAACGUGAGACUUAACUUUCACAACAUGUACUGUACAGGCCCAAGCACUGUAGAUAGUCUUCAGUUGCUUGUAUGACUGAGAGGAGUUUAAAAGCUUUACACUUUACCUCAAUUUCUAUGCUUCACAUUAUACUUUUAUAAUUACCUACUAUGUUCAUAUUUUUGUUUUGUUUUAAUUAUUGUUUAAUAUCAUAUAUCCACCAAAGGUAACUUGCCUGUCAUCAACGUAAAAUACUCUUUAAUUUUAGAGCUAGUUUCCUUAAGCUUUUACAGAUUCUAAGCUCGUAAAAGGUUUUGUAAAUAUAUAUACAUCAAAAUCUAGUAUUUAAGUUAAUUAUUAUAAUUUAUGGUUUGGCACAGGGAAUCCUCAUUCCAAAACGUGCUUUCUUAUUCAGUGUCCCAUUUUUAGGUUUUGGGUAUUAUAAAACUGAGAUAUUUUAACAUAAACAUAAACAAGAUCCUUACUGGCAAAAAAAUCAUUUGUAAUUUGAGCAAUAUUGGUAUUAGGAAAGCUAAAUUCCCCUUAUUUUAAGUCUACCAUUUCACCCAGGAUUUAUUUUAAAUUUCAAAGAUAAAUAUCUAAUAUAUAAAAUUCUCGUGUCACAGUGUUUGUCUGCAAACUCCUCCGGAACGACUUCACCGAUCGUUAUGAAAUUUGGUGUGUAAAUUCUGUAGGUAUGCGAAUAGGAAGUAAACUAUUUCCCGUUUCGAAAUUCUUAAAAGGGCUCCGCCCCAUUAUUUUAUAAUUUUAAGUUUGGUCGGGUUUGAAAACCCAAGUUUUGUUGUUAAAAUACAAACUACAAAAUUUACAAAUUUACAUUUAUUAAAUAUAAUGUAAUGGUAAUGGUAAUGGUGUUUAGUUUAAAGAAUGUUCUUUUGUUAAUUAAUCAUCUGCAUUAUAUUUUUACAAAUAGUAAAGGACAAAAUUAGUUUUUAUUAUUAGCCUAAGUUGUGAAUUAACUGUUUAUUU